AUGCUGCAUUCUGCCCGCUACAUUCUCUGGUGGCCUCACUUCUCCCAGACUUCAUCCUUGAUAAUUGAAAAUAUCCUCAUAGUCGAUAUAAAUCUUCUGCCUUUCUACACUGGAGCAAUUCUUCCUGGACAAUAUCUGGCAAUGUAAGACUAAAGCGAAUGCUUACUUCCGUUCACUCUGAGCAGCUGAGUCUCAAAGGCCAAUCAAAAUGAAGUUACUUCUUUGGGCCUGCAUCAUAUGUGUUGCUUUUGCAAAAAGGAGGCGCUAUCCCUUCAUUAAUAAGAAAUCACCCUCACCCAGUGAAGAGGAUUACUUUGGACAUCGCUACCCACUUAAUCCACCUCUCAAUAUCCCAUACGGCUUAUGGAAUGAUAAUUUACCACCUUUUCUUUUGCCUCCUCUUGAAAAUCACCAAGCAAAUACCAUCACCAAAUUCCCUGGAAAUUCUGAGCUUGAAAGAGGACUAUCUCCAUACCCCUGGAUUCUAACUUCUAAAGUUCACUAUGUCUUCCAAAACCCUAACUAUCCCUCGGAGGCCUCACUGAAUGGUCCCACAGUAUCGGCUCCUCUUGCUCCUCCCCCACCCCCUCCUCCCAGGCCAUAUCCCUUUGUCAUACCUCCAAAGAUUUCUGUUUCACCCAUUACAUCAGAGCCUGGCGCAGCCCUGGCAGUGCCUCCCGUAGGCGAGGCUUUGGUACCUGAGUUCCCUGCAGAUAAAACUAUUUCAGGCUUGCCUACUGCAGUCAAAUUUGGACCACCCCUCCCACUUUCCGAACCCAAAGCUCCCGCAGCUGAGCCUGUGCCAGCCCAGUUUGCCGCUCCUGAACCUGUUGCAGCCCAGUUUGCUCCUGAACCUAUUGGGGUAGCUGAGCCUGCUGCAGGCCACCCAAUGGCACCCGAACCCGCUACACUACCCUCUGUGGCUGCAGCCCAGCUUAUACCAGCAGAACCCACUCCAGGAGGCAUGUCUGCUGAAAACAAAGCUGCCUCAGGAGAGCCUGCGGUAGCCCAGGCUAUACCGGUUGAGCCUGUUGUAGGCCCAGCUGCUGAAGUCAGGCCUCCUGCCCUUGAGCCUGCUGGAGGCCUACUUCCUCCGGCUGAACUUCUUGUGAGCCAGUCUGCUGUGGGAAAACCUCUUAUACCUGAGUCUACUGAACUGAAACCCGAGGGAGCGGAGCCUAUGGAGGCCAAAUCUGGUAGCCAAGAACCUCUGCCUUUUGUUUUGUACCAGGGAGAGAAGUGAGGUUUCCUGGAAAAGAGACUACUAUUCAUUUGUGUCUAUGAUGAUGAUGAACAAAUCGAAGAAACUGCAUGUUCUUUCUUUUCUCGCCAAGUCAUUUACUAUGUGUUAUUAAAGCUAGCAGUCUCUUCAUACUGA